ACUGGGGCCGCGCUGGCUCCGCCCCGGUGCUUUAAGCGGCGGCGGGGCCGGGCCGGGCCCAGAGGAGCCGGUGCCGCGCCUGGCUCAGUCUGCAGGGGCAGCAUGCCGAACUGGGGAGGUGGAAACAAGUGCGGUGCCUGUGGCCGGACUGUCUACCAUGCUGAGGAGGUGCAGUGUGAUGGGAGAAGCUUCCACAGGUGCUGCUUCCUCUGCAUGGUCUGCCGGAAAAACUUGGACAGCACAACUGUAGCAAUUCAUGAUGCUGAAGUUUAUUGCAAAUCUUGCUAUGGAAAAAAGUAUGGCCCAAAAGGUUAUGGAUACGGCCAAGGGGCAGGCACACUGAACAUGGACAGGGGAGAGAGACUGGGUAUUAAGCCUGAGAGCACACCCUCUCCCCACCGACCGACAACAAAUCCAAAUACUUCGAAAUUUGCUCAGAAAUUUGGAGGUGCAGAGAAAUGCUCUAGAUGUGGUGAUUCUGUUUAUGCAGCUGAGAAAGUAAUAGGUGCUGGAAAGCCUUGGCACAAAAACUGCUUCCGAUGUGCCAAGUGUGGAAAGAGCCUAGAAUCUACAACCCUAACUGAAAAAGAAGGAGAAAUCUAUUGUAAAGGUUGUUAUGCGAAGAACUUUGGCCCUAAAGGAUUCGGAUAUGGUCAAGGAGCAGGUGCCCUUGUUCAUGCUCAGUGAGGGAGCACAACUCAAAACCUGUUAUGGCUCUUCUGAGACUCUUCUGCAAGAAAACAGUUUCCUAAAUCUUACUAACUACUGUGAAAUGGAUACUAGCUUACUAUAGUACUUGGGCCAAAAUUUUAGCAAACAUUAAAAAAAAAAAACCCUACUACUUUCCUCCUCCCCUUGCUUUAUUUGCCACAUUUUAACACUUUUAAUACUGUAUAUCUAUUCAAUAAAGCUUUACUUGUUGAUUGUAUCCUAAAAAGAAGUUACAUGCUUUCUCAAAUAUAAUAAAGAGAUGAGAUGUGGACUAGA